ACCAUGGUGCGGUUGCAUGUGAAGCGCGGCGAUGAGAGCCAGUUCCUGCUGGAGACGGCCGCCAGCGCGCGUCUGUCCGACCUGACGCCUCUCGUCGCCCGUAUUUACAACGGGAGGCUGAAGGUGCAGCGUCUCUGCUCAGAGAUGGAGGAGCUAGCAGAGCAUGGUACUUUGUUGCCUUAUAAUAUGCAAGGACUGACAGAUGAGCAAAUUGAAGAACUGAAGUUAAAGGAUGAGUGGGCAGAAAAGUGCAUACCAAGUGGUGGAAGCAUCUUCAAGAAGGAUGAAAUCGGGCGAAGAAACGGACAUGCUCCAAAUGAAAAAAUGCAGCAAGUUAUAAAGAAGACAAUAGAGGAAGCCAAGGCAUUAAUCUCUAGGAAACAAGUUCAGGCCAACGUAUGUGUUAAUAUGGAGAUGGUGAAAGAUGCAUUGGACCAGCUCCGAGGGGCUGUGAUGAUUGUGUAUCCAAUGGGAUUGCCUCCACAUGAUCCAAUUAGGAUGGAGUUUGAAAAUAAAGAAGACCUGUUGGGAACUCAAGCUGCUCUUGAAGUUAUAGAAGAAUCAGAAGCACAAUUGUGGUGGGCAGGAAAGGAGCUGAAAGAAACAAAGGUCCUCUCUGAUUAUGUAGGCAAAAAUGAGAAAACAACCAUCAUUGUCAAGAUACAGAAAAAAGGACAAGGCGCUCCAGGGCGUGAACCUCUGAUUAGUCAUGAAGAGCAAAAACAGAUGAUGCUGUAUUACUACAAAAAGCAGGAGGAACUUAAGAAACUAGAAGAGGAUGAUGAUGACUCAUUUCUAAAUGCUGAAUGGGCAGACAGCCAUGCUUUGAAAAGACAAUUUCAUGGUGUAAAAGACAUCAAGUGGGGGCCAAGGUGAAGCCCUACAACCACUUUUUUGCCUCUGGAAGCUGGUUGGUUGAUACACUUAUUUCCAACGAGGAGUUGUGUGCAGUGGAUUCUUCUGAUGAAAGCUGAAAUCGUCACUUCGUAGCAGAUGCCUGUUUCAACUUUAGGUUUUCAGUAAAUGUUUACCUUUCUGUGUAACUUGAGCAGAACUUGUCUCUGCAAAGGGCAAAAUCAAUCCUGUUGGAGUUUGUUAUUUUACUAAAAACUUAUAAUUUGAAUGUUGAAUUACUGACCUAUU